CCAAAUAGUUCUAUUGCCGACGUAUCGUAGCCAUUUAUAAGUCGAUUUCCUUACCCCAGUAUCCCCCAAUCGCAAACGAAUCAAACCCUAACCCUAGAUUUUUUGCUAAGUAGGAUCAAACGAUGAAAGGAGGCAAAUCAAGCGGUGCUACGAGGAAAGCCGAUACCAAGUUGGCUGUAAAGAAAACUGCAGCCAAGGGGAAAGCAGCUAAGGAUCCCAAUAAACCCAAGAGACCCGCUAGCGCCUUCUUUGUGUUCAUGGAGGACUUUAGAAAGCAGUUCAAAGAAGAUCACCCUGACAACAAAUCUGUUGCUGCUGUUGGUAAAGCUGGUGGGGCAAAAUGGAAGUCAAUGUCCGACUCUGAAAAGGCACCUUUUCAAGCCAAAGCUGACAAAAGAAAGAAGGAAUAUGAGAAGAACUUGGACACCUACAACAAAAAACUUGCUGGAGGUGGUAAUGAUGAUGAUGAUGAGGAUUCUGACAAAUCCAAGUCUGAAGUCAAUGAUGAAGCAGAUGAGGGUGAAAGUGAUGAUGAGGAAGAUGAUGACUGAAUCAAGAAAGUGGAAGUUGAUUCUGUGUUGAUGGUUUGAUAAGUUACUUGCUUUGUAGUUUCAUGUUACUGAUUAGAAUAGAUUUGGUUUUUAUGGUGCACAGGAAAAAGGAAAUGUAACUUUGGUUGGCUCUAAUGUUAGCUUUUGUAUCUUCCAAAUUUACCCUUUUGGGGUGGUUUUCUGUUUAGAACAAAUAUCCUUUGCUAAUGCAUCUUUAUCUUUUUCGGAUAUAAA